ACAACUAAGGCGAGACUUGUAACAUUAACUACCAAAAGUCCGACCAUGAAAACAGCAUCGACAACUAAGGCGAGACUUGUAACACUUACUACCAAAAGUCCGACCAUGAGAACAGCAUCGACAACUAAGGCGAGACUUGUAACACUAACUACCAAAAGUCCGACCAUGAGAACAGCGUCGACAACUAAGGCGAGACUUGUAACACUAACUACCAAAAGUCCGACCAUGAGAACAGCAUCGACAACUAAGGCGAGACUUGUAACACUAACUACCAAAAGUCCGACCAUGAGAACUGCAUGGACAACUGAGGCGAGACUUGUAACACUAACUACCAAAAGUCCGACCAUGAGUACAGCUAAUAGAGUUAGCGCUGCCUUUGUUACUACGCCUGUGUCUAAGGAGGUGACCACAUUUGCGUUGAAAGAUAUCAUGAUGUUAACGCUGGAGAGUGUUACUCCUUUUUUGUUGAUCAUCAUUUUAAUCAUAUGGUAUGUAUGGAAAUGCGUGUUCAGCAACAAAUUAACUGCAACAGCAACUCCCACAACAUCUACCUCUUCCACGGAAGCCUCUACCAGUGCAACUACUGCAUCUCAAACGGAACUGCCAGCUUCUCCCUGUUCUUCAUCACUUUCUUAUGAAGUUGAAGACCGAGGUGUACAGGUUACACCAACACGCCCUCUUGUAGAAGAAAGAAAACAACCUGAGAGGAAGGUUAAGAAGAAGCUUCCAUUUAAAGUUUAACUGUGGAUUGUGUCUCAAAUUGCAUUAAAAAAAAUCUUAUACAUGUAGGUUGCGGAUAUAUUUGUUUUAACAAUAUAAAGAUAAUUUUAAGAGUAAAUGAAAGUCUAAGUAUCCCUUGUGGAUGAUAUUUGUUUUCUAAGACAAUGAUGGUAUUUUUAAAAAUCAUUUUAUUUAGAUAAGAUUUUUUUUUAGCUCAGCAUUUUGUGUAAGGGUUUUUUUUUUUGUUUGUAUGUGUACAUGUACACAUCUCCAUAUUUUUAUGCAAUUUGUUUCAAGAGUAAGUGGAAGUCUUAAGUAUCCUGGUAAAUGAUACUUGUUUUCUAUUACAAUGGUGGUAUUUAAAUUUUUUGGUUUUGUUUACUAGAGAAGAUUUUUUGUUUAGUUUAACAUGGUGUGUAGAGGUUUGUUUUUACAUACACACAUGCACACAUUUAUUGGCAAUUUGGUAUAGUGUUAUGUACAAGUAG